GGUCUCACCCGGAAGUACAGCAGCAGUCAUUUCGACCGCAUUAUGUUAUACGGAUGAUUCGCAACAAACCUUUGUGAUUUCAAACCUCAACUGAUUUGAUCAACAGAUUUCAAAGAGAUUAACCAGUCGUGUAGCUGACAUGCUCCCGUUAUCGUUACUAAAGACAGCACAGAACCACCCGAUGCUGGUGGAGUUGAAGAAUGGUGAGACGUACAACGGUCAUCUGGUCAGCUGUGACAACUGGAUGAACAUCAAUUUGAGAGAAGUUAUUUGUACCUCACGGGAUGGGGAUAAAUUUUGGAGGAUGCCGGAAUGUUACAUCAGAGGAAGCACCAUUAAAUACUUACGAAUCCCUGAUGAGAUCAUAGACAUGGUGAAAGAGGAAGUAACGUCAAAGGGUCGUGGCCGAGGUGGAAUGCAGCAGAACAAACCACAAGGAAAGGGCAGAGGAGGUGGACCUGGAAGAGGAGGCCCAGCAGGAAGAGGUGUCUUUGGAGGUCGUGGCAGAGGUGCGCCAGGCACAGGUCGUGGACAACAACAAGACAAAAAACCUGGAAAACCACAGGGUGACAAACACUAGCUGAAGAACAGAGCCUGAUGGGUUAGAGUUUUACUGGUUUUGAUUUGAGAACACCUCUUUGGGUCUCAUUUACACCUCAAGGUUGUUUUUUCUCUGUAAAGAGCCUCAUUGAAAGUUUCGGUCCAUGCAUCAAGCUGACAGAUUAGUGUUUUCAAAUGUUUUGCACUAAGUUUAUUUUUUAAGACCUUGGAUGAAACAACACUUGGUCAUGUAAAGUAUCUGAUGUAUGAACAGGCGUUUGUGUCAUUUACUUUCUCAGUUUGAUAGUCAACCGAAAUGAGUUUAAUUUAAAAGGGAUCUUUGUGAAGAUUUUAAUUUGGACAAAUCCUAAUGUAAAGAUGCUCUUCCAUUUUCUCCGAACUGUUUUUAUUUUCUGUUCACGCACAUUUUGGUUCACGUUUGCUCUGUUUUAAUUUUUUGUGCUUUACACUGCAACUAUGGUGUAACUUGUGUAUAAUGCACUUGUGAAUAAAACAUUUUUUGUUAAAAA